CGAUUUCAAGAGACUGUAAGAGUAAGACUACCAAAGUACCAAGAUGACGAAACUGGUGACAUCAUUCAUAUUUUGUAUAAUUUACCACCAUGUCAGUUCACAGAUGCCGGAAGAAAGAGGGAUUGUUAUGAGUGUCUAUGCAUACCCAGACGACCAGAAAUUGAAACAUCUUGAAAAGUUCCCUGGAUACGAAAAUGUAUCCAGUGUUUUGGCUGAUGGCAUAUCUUUUGACGAUUCAAGCUUGAGAUUUGACAGUAUUGAUAUAGACUUUGCAGCAAAAACAGGAUACGCGUACGAAGAGAAUUAUAGAGCUAUUCUUUUUCUGAGCGGGUACAGCAAAGCGUUGGAUGUUGACAACAUGGUCUUUGAUGCAGUGCAUUAUGGGGUUUCUCUGGACUCGAUUCAACUCGCCGUUGAUUGGCUGUCUAAGACAGUGUAUUGGUGCGAUGUCACAUACAGGUGGAUAGUGGCGGCGUCUGUUCAUAAAGACAAAGUUAGUAAGGAUUAUUUCAAAGUCAUCAUACAUGAUCAUCUGGACAAACCAACGGGCAUUGCUGUGGAUCCUUUAGAAGGAUACUUGUUUUGGUCAGAUUCCGGAAAGGGGGCUAAAAUUGAAAGAUCCGAUUUGACCGGAAGUAACCGUAAAACAAUCGUGAGUAAGGGUGUUACGAGUCCAGGUCAGAUGACCGUGGACAUUGCAGAUAAACGUAUUUACUGGAUACAUGUGGAGGCCAUCCAUAGCGCCAAUUAUGACGGUACCGGGGAACGUCAUAUUACACGAUAUGACGUAUCUAGUCUACAUGACUUGGCAAUUUUUAGGGAAGUAAUUUACAUCAGUGACACUAAUUCUGACGAACUGCUCUCCGUAAACAAGACAGAUGGUCUUAAUGUAGCAGAUCCACUGUUGUUGGACAGUUAUACUAUAUAUGGUCUAGCAGUAUACAGUGCAGAAACUCAGCCAACAAAAGACAAAGAAACGAACGCAGGGCUACAUAAAGCAAUAGUGUUCGCAAGUGCAACCCAUAUUUGUUAUAUAGACAUUCGAUCGUUGGCUGCAUUCUAUUUCGAGCCAGUAUGCAUCUUCACCGUCGUGAAAGCCAGCAAUGAAAAGAGGAAGAAACGUCAAGAUACUACACUUGAGCCAACAGCUUCACCGGGGGACAAGAUCAAAUUGUUUAAUUUAGAUAUGAAACAAACCAUUGCCUAUUAUGUUAAUAUGGACAACAAGAUAUAUGCUAGACAACUGCGUCUGCCGAUCGAAAACGAGGCGAAAGAACUCAUAACGUCAGCAGGCGGAACAAUUAGUGGUAUUGCAUACGAUGCAGUGGAUGCUGGUAAUUUAUACUGGUGUGAAAGUGAUACUGGAAAUAUCUUUAUGAUCAACGUGAACGAUAAAAUAGUUACCAAAGUAAACGCAGACGGUGUUACCCUGGUUAAACCGAGGAACAUUCUAGUACUGCAAGCCCAAAGAAAGUUGGCAUGGGUAUCAGGAGAGGAUGGUGCAAUGUCGAUUCAAACAAUGAAUAUGGAUGGCACAGAGCUGUUUGAUGUAGUCAGCGAUUUUAUUGACAUAGGCGCACUUACAAUUGACCAAGAACACCAAGUUUUCUACUUUUUGGCACCAAGCAGAGGGUCAGUGUAUAGCGUCCCUUUCAACGGGUCAGAAACUCUUGAAAGAUACUUUGUUAGUCUAGAAGACAGUGCAAAUCUAAUUCUUCAUUAUAAUAAAUAUAUAUCAUGGGUGUACACUGACCCAGGGUAUCCAAAUGCUGUUGGAUCGUACAACUAUGAGGAAAGACAAAUUAUUGGACAUGGCUUUUUUGAUACAGAAACCACGAUCAUAGACAUAAAAGUGCUUGACGAGAAAUUGCAAACGCCUGAACGAACAAGUCCCUGUUUGCGUCAAAAUGGCGGGUGUUCACAAGUAUGUAUUACUAAAUACGAAAACGACGCAAUGACAAAAGUUUGUGAAUGCCAACUUGGGUAUAAACUAGAAACUGACCAGAAAAGUUGCAAAACAGAGGUGGUCAGAGAUAACUUUCUUCUAGUAGCCGAUUGGACAGUGGACCUUAUAUUUCAAAUCGACCUCGUGACAAACGAAAUCAACGCUAUACCUUUAGGCGACUCCGGAUAUUUGAUGGGUGUUCUGUAUGAUGCCGAGCACAAAAAGCUGAUUUGGUCCGAAUUCUUUGACGGCCAAGUGUAUUCAAUGAAUGUAGACGGAACUGACAGAAAAGUUGUGUCAGAUAUAGGAUUUUCUUAUGCCUAUCGUUUUGCUAUGGAUACUGUUACUGGUAACCUGUAUUACACGGCCUUUAGUUCAGCACAUAUUGGUGUAAUAACACCAUCUGGGGAGAAUAUUUGGUUGAUUGACGAUUUCUUCUGGGAGGACCUCCAAGCCAUAGCUGUCCAUCCACAAAAGGGAUGGUUGUAUUUUUCGGCCAUCGAUUCUGAUUCGUAUAUUGCAAGGGCUAAUAUGGACGGUAGUAAUGUAGAGAAAAUAAUAAUAGGCGAACACGUGCUAUAUCCUGCUGGACUUGCUAUUGACUACCAGAAUGACUACAUGUACUGGUGUGACUCCAGUCUUGAUACAGUUCAGCGAUGUAAUCUAGAUGGCGAAGAAUGUGAAACAAUUGUUAACAAUAGUAAGAUUGGAGAUGAAAUUAACGACAUUGUACUGGAUGAUAAAUACUUGCACGUGGUACAGGUUAGUCUAACUGCACCUUAUACUAAAACGGAAGUUGGUUACAAUAUAGGUCUUGGAAAAGUAGAUACCCUCAGUUUGUAUAAAAGUAACAACCAGAAUAAACAAAAAGUAGGAGGCGGGUGUGCAGGAAAUGGAGGUCUUGGUGACUGUAGUACUAUCUGUCUACCUACCUCAGCGGGCCGAGCAUGUGCCUGUAAUGAUGGUAUUGAUUUGAAAACCGACGGAAAAACCUGCUCAGAUAUUUACCAGUGCACCGAUGUGAUUACGCAAGUUGUAAAUAUCACAGCUGGUGUUAUUGAGAUAAAACUUCCGACAACAUGUUCGAGGCUGAACGAAACUACAUGCGAAUAUACCUGUCCCAAAUACUAUAUGCCUACUAUAAAAGACAGUUCGACAUUGACGUGUACCGCAAGCGGAUGGGACAGAGAAAAUGACACUCUUUGUGAAGAAAUCCGAUGUCCUCCGACUAUAGAGAACGGUAAACUAGACACAGAUUGUGAGGCCGAAGUCGGUAACACUUGCGAUUUUAAAUGUAACAAUGGUUUCCAGAAGACAGAAGAAAAGACAUUCUGCACCCGAAGUGGAUCUUGGCAUAAGAAUACUACUGAAUUUUGCGAAAAAAAGACUGCUCAAGGAGCGCAGAAAGAAGAAGAAGACACUUGGAAGAAGACUGACGUUCUUUUAGUGGUUAUAAUUUGUGCAGUUCUCGUGUUUGUUUUGUGUGUUGUUGUAGCUGUUCUAAUUCACAGAUUAAUUCGAGGAAGAAGGAGAUCUACAGAAAGCGGUGGAUCUGUAGCGUACCAAAAAGAGCCCAAAUAUCUUCGUGAUGAUUUAGAUGACGACCGCAGACGAGAUUCUGAAAUAAGUGCUGGCUACAUUCAACCUAAAUUAAACGAUAUCACAGAAGAGACGGUCUCUACAAGUAUGGUCAACCCGUUGUAUAAUAACGAACCGUUGCCGGCAGUCUCGCAACACGUAAUCCCUAAAGACAAAAACUGUCUCAUACACUGAUUGGCUGAAACAGCAAUAACCAUAAAAUCUAAAAAUAAUACGUCGACGCUUAUUGGCUGAUAAUAAUUAACAUAUAUAUGACCGAAUCGCUAAAGCUGAUUGGCUAAGUACUUAUAUGCGGAUAUGACGAUGUAUGUUUGUUUUGACUGGAAUUGAAACUUUUUUUACUAUUAACAGUGUAAAGGAGAGAAUGGCGUGUGAUUCUGCUCUUAAAAGGAAAUAAUAAAGACCAGUGUACAUUCUGAAAUAUGUUAAGCGUUUACUUCUAAAGUGCCAUGCAU